GGCCCGGGAGGAGACGGACUCCGCCGGUGGGGCCGCCCGCGGCCCGGGAGGAUCGGGGCUCGUCGUCCCGGGAGCGCUCCACGUCGCGUGGCCGCGGCGCCGCCCGCUCGUCCUCCCGAGAGAGCGGCCGGGGAGGCCGGGGUCGAGGCCGCCCUGCCCGCCCCUCGCCCUCGCCCACAGGUGGUCGCGUGCCCCGUUUCGACCCCACAGCCUUUGUGAAAGCCAAGGAGAAGAAGCAGAGAGAGAUCAAGAUGAAGCAGCAGCAGCGGAACCGACUGGGCAGCGGAGGAAGCGGGGACGGCCCGUCCAUCUCCUGGUCUCGCCAGACUCGGGCCCCCGCCGCCGUGAGCGGCCGAGGGGACGCGGCCACCCGCUCGCGGAACCGCAGCUCCUCGGUGGACAGUGUGCGCAGCCGCGGCUCGUCCGCCAGCUCCUGCAGCGAGUUGGAGGGUUUCUCGGAAUCGCUGCCUAGAGGCGCUGGCCGCCGCGGGAAGCCGCCCAGCCCCACCACCUGGAGCGGGUCCAGCAGGCAGCAGAAGGCCACGCCCCUGGAACGCUGCCGCCAUCAGAGACGCCUGGCCCAUUCGGGGGGCUGGGUCCCCAUCAAAGACUCCAGCUCCGACCACCAGGCGGCCGACAUGGCCGAGAUAGACGCCCGCCUGAAGGCCUUGCAGGAAUACAUGAGCCGGCUGGACGCGCGGUCGUGACCGGGGAGGGGAGCCGGCCUCUGCACCCCCAUCCCCCGGGAGUCAGCGCGGAGGCGGGGCCUGCGUCCUUCCGGCCCCGCCCAGGCCCCCGCCCCCUCCCCCUGCCUUGCCUGCUAGGAGGGGGGCUGGGUGCGUUUUGUAAAUAAA